UAAUUUUUUUCAUGGCACGCUCUAAAAAAAAAAAGGUAAUUUUGGGCACGCAGUGUUCAAAAGGUUUGCUAUCCCUGAUCUAUGGAGAUAACUUAAAUCGUGUUUGUUGUCAUUAUCAAUGAUAAGAAAUUGUAACCGAAAAUUUUGUAAUUUAGUAUUUACCUAUCCUAGCUACUACUUAUUAGAUUUUUUUUCUUGUUUUAUAAUUUUAAUUUUUAUUGCAUAAUAAUAAUGGAUCCCUACGAAAUUAACGAAAUGUUGGAUUCUGAUUUUGAUUAUGACGAUACGGAUAAAGAUCCAGAUUAUGAAGUGGAUUCAGAAUCAGAUAAUAUCGAAGAAAAUGAUGAUGCAUUGUCAGGGGUACAUUUACUGGAUAAAGAUGUAAAUAUGAAUGAAAUUGACACACUUUCUGAUAUUUCUCAUAUUAGUGGUUCCGAUAUGUCAGUUGAAUCUCCAUCAAAUGUUCAAGUUCCUGCACUGACUACAUCUAAUCAGCAAAUUAAUCACCAGUGGAAAGCUGAUGAUGGAAAUAUUAAUGCUUAUACGUUCAACCCAAAUAACGAACAAAUUGGUUAAAAUCCAGAUUUAAUUGAAACAUUA